AUGGCAGUCGUCAAGACCUCGGAGAUGGACUACGCCAUCAAGCCUGAAGCGUCCGUUCCUUCCGUUGAUACAUCGGAUUGGCCGCUUCUGCUUAAGAACUAUGAGAAGCUGCUCGUUCGGACCGGUCACUUCACCCCUAUCCCUGCUGGCUCUUCUCCCCUGAGCCGUGACUUGAAGUCAUACAUCAGCUCCGGUGUCAUCAACCUUGACAAGCCCUCCAACCCUUCCAGUCAUGAAGUCGUGGCUUGGAUGAAGCGGAUCCUCAGAGCCGAGAAGACUGGUCACAGUGGUACCCUUGAUCCCAAGGUUACCGGUUGUUUGAUCGUCUGCAUUGACCGUGCCACUCGCCUGGUCAAGUCCCAGCAGGGUGCCGGUAAGGAGUAUGUCUGUGUGAUCCGUCUCCACGACAAGAUCCCCGGUGGCGAGGCCCAGUUCGUCCGCGCUCUGGAGACCUUGACUGGUGCGCUCUUCCAGCGUCCCCCUCUGAUCUCUGCCGUCAAGCGCCAGCUCCGUAUCCGUACCAUCCACGAGAGCAAGAACUACGAGUUCGACAACGAGCGCCACCUCGGUGUCUUCUGGGUCAGCUGUGAGGCUGGUACCUACAUCCGUACCCUCUGUGUCCACCUUGGUCUCCUCCUCGGUGUCGGUGCCCACAUGCAGGAACUUCGCCGUGUUCGCUCUGGAGCCAUGGGUGAGGGCCCUGGUAUGGUCACUCUGCACGAUGUUAUGGACGCCCAGUGGGUCUACGACAACAACCGCGAUGAGUCUUACCUCCGCAAGGUCAUCAGCCCUCUGGAGUCUCUCCUCACUGGCUACAAGCGUAUUGUCGUCAAGGACAGCGCUGUCAACGCCGUCUGCUACGGUGCCAAGCUCAUGAUUCCUGGUCUUCUCCGCUACGAGGCCGGUAUUGAGUGCCACGAGGAGGUUGUCCUCAUGACCACCAAGGGUGAGGCUAUCGCCAUUGGUAUCGCUCAGAUGUCCACUGUCGAGCUCACCACCUGCGACCACGGCGUUGUUGCCAAGGUCAAGCGUUGCAUCAUGGAGCGUGACCUCUACCCCCGCCGCUGGGGCUUGGGACCUACUGCCCUUGAGAAGAAGAAGAUGAAGACCGCCGGAACUCUCGAUAAAUACGGCCGCCCCAACGAUGCUACUCCCGCUCAGUGGAAGAGCGAGUACAAGGACUUCAACCUUCCCCUCACCGGAACCUCCGCUGUUGCCCCCGCCACCGAGACUAAGACCGAGACCGAGACCCCCAAGGCGGAGUCCCCCGAGCCCGUGAAGGAGGAGGUCGAAGACAAGAAGCGCAAGCGCGACGGCGAGACAGCCGAAGAGAAGGCCGAGCGCAAGAAGAAGAAGAAGGAGAAGAAGGAGAAGAAGGAGCGCCGGAAGUCCAAGCAGGAUGAUAGCGACGACAGCGACUAG